AUGGCAGUGCUUUUGAAUAUACCAAAUAAAAACGCGCAUCUUGAAUUGAUUCAACCUGAACAUAUAGAUCAGUUAUACGAAUUACUUGAAUCAAAUCGAGAUUAUCUUCAGCGAAAUAUUCCUGGUAUCGAUGCAAUUCGAACACGAGAAGACCUUCAGAAACGCUGGACAGUAUCAAAAGAAAAUUCAUUACACUUCGGACUAUGGCUCAACAAAAAUCAACUGAUCGGUCGAUGUCGUCUGACGCGAAAUCCUGAAACAGGCUGCGCUGAUUUUGGUUAUUGGUUAGAUGAAUCGUUUCAAGGUCAAGGAUUAAUGACAGCUGCAGUCGAAGCAUUAACAAAGUUCGCAUUCGAACAAUGGAAUGCGAAUCGAGUGGAAAUCCAUUGCGGCGAUAGCAAUUUAAGAUCUCGAGGCAUUCCUGAAAGGCUUGGAUUUUGUAACGAAGGUAUCUCAUCAAAAUAUCCGCCUAUUGAACUAAACGGCCGAUUAGUUCAGUCAAUCGUUUAUUCAAAGAUUCGAUCAAUGUAG